AUGGGUUGUCUUAACUUCACCAGCGGAAAUGAGACCUUGCCUGGCAGGCACCCUUACACUGUGCAGACCUCUGUGCCUCUAACGAUCCUGGUGGGCAUCCUCAUCCUGCUAACUGUGUUUGGCAAUGUCAUGGUAGUAAUUGCUGUAAUCACAAGCCGAGCCCUGAGGGCACCUCAGAACUUGUUUUUAAUGUCUCUGGCAUCUGCAGACAUCCUGGUUGCCACCUUAGUGAUGCCAUUCUCUUUAGCGAAUGAACUGAUGGGUUACUGGUACUUUGGUAAAGUGUGGUGUGAAAUCUACCUGGCUUUGGAUGUGCUCUUCUGCACCUCAUCCAUUGUUCACCUAUGUGCCAUCAGCCUGGACAGAUACUGGUCCAUCACUCACGCGAUUGAGUACAACCUGAGAAGGACACCGCGCAGGAUUAAAUGCACAAUCUUCGUAGUUUGGGUACUGGCAGCCAUCAUUUCAUUCCCUCCACUUAUCACAAUGAAAAAGGAAGAGGGCAAAGAGGACAGCCCUGAAUGUAAAAUUAAUGAGGAGAAGUGGUACAUCAUAUUCUCCAGCACUGCCUCUUUCUUUGCACCCUGCAUCAUCAUGAUUAUGGUGUAUGUAAGAAUCUACCAGACUGCCAAGAAAAGAACAAGAGCUCCGCCAGGAGAAAGGCAAAGAGAAUAUGGCAACUCAGGCAACCUGGAGAGAAAAGAUGGAGAAGGGAAGGAAGUGGAAGGGCUGAACGGCAGAGAGGUAAACGGGCUGGACAUGGAGGAAGAACCCUCCUCGUCUGAUGGGAAUGAAACCAUCCUCUGUUCGAUGAAGAAGAAGAGGGGUAUGAGGGCAGCCAAAGUAGCUCAGGUGAACCCUGGAGAAAGCUCUCCAAAGCCAGAGGCACAGCCCUGUGUGAGAGUGAGCAGGUGGAAAGGAAGGCAGUACAGAGAGAGGCGCUUCACAUUUGUUCUGGCUGUGGUCAUGGGAGUGUUUGUUCUCUGCUGGUUCCCCUUUUUCUUCACAUACACGCUCACCGCUGUGUGUGACACCUGCUGUGUCCCAGAGACAUUGUUCAAAAUGUUUUUCUGGUUAGGUUACUGCAAUAGCUCACUAAAUCCAGUUAUAUACACUAUAUUCAAUAAUGACUUCAGGAGGUCUUUUAAAAAGAUUGUUUGUAAAAGGGACAGAAGAGGUUUGUAA